CCGGGAUGGGCCCCAAGCGGCGGCAGCUGACGUUCCGGGAGAAGUCGCGGAUCAUCCAGGAGGUUGAGGAGAACCCGGACCUGCGCAAGGGCGAGAUCGCGCGGCGCUUCAACAUCCCGCCGUCCACGCUGAGCACCAUCCUGAAGAACAAGCGCGCCAUCCUGGCGUCGGAGCGCAAGUACGGUGUGGCCUCCACCUGCCGCAAGACCAACAAGCUGUCCCCUUACGACAAGCUCGAGGGGCUGCUCAUCGCCUGGUUCCAGCAGAUCCGCGCCGCUGGCCUGCCGGUCAAGGGCAUCAUCCUCAAGGAGAAGGCGCUGCGUAUAGCCGAGGAGCUGGGCAUGGACGACUU